UUAUUUUAUAUUAAUUUAUGCAGUUAUUAAUAUUUUUAGGAUUGAACUCUGGUUUUCCAUUAUAAAAUCAUUGAUAAUUUAUUAAUCGAGCCAUUAGACUAAAAUACGUGAUUGUGUAGAGAUCAAAUUAAGGCUUCAAUGGCCUAAUGUCUAUGAUUACCUCUGGAUCACACCAUUUGUUUACCAGCGUCUUUGCAGCCUGCAUUGCAUUAUUUGCAUAGCUUAUAAGGAAAUGUUUAUUAGUUUAUCAGGAAAUGUUUUUUGUGUGUGUUUUACUUAGUAUCUACUUGUGAUUCAUUAGUACCUCAUCCGUGAAUACGUCAGGAUCGUGAUAAGUUCACAGGGCUUGGCCAUUAUUAAAGCAUUGGUGAUCAAUUUCAAAUUUAAUUCGACCAAGUUAGCUCAUCAGUCGGUUUAAUAGCUUGAUAUUGUAAUUAUGAUUUUCUUUUGAAAAUUAAUCAUCGCUAAUUGGCGUUUCCCACAUUGUUUAGACUUUCUUCGUCGGUACGUGGGCACAUCCAAAUACGAUGGGCCGAAUGACGUGCUUAUACAAUUUAGUAUUGUAAUAAUUAAUCAUGUGAUGAAAAUGAUUUAGUUAAAUGAUGCCAUAGUGCAUAAUGGAUAGCGACCAAACAUGUAAAACUAAUUCGUGUGAAUUAGUUAUUUUAUAUUGGCGUAUGAUUACGUACGUAUCUUAGUUUGCAUAUAUCUCUAACAUAUUCGUAUAUGCAAGGUCAAAUGAUCAAGACAAAUUGGCUCUAAAUACUUGAAUUAGCGUAUCAUGACAGUACAGUCGACUUCCAGUUACCAAACUAGCUAUAUGGAUUACCUGACAAAGGAUCCAAAAACAGAAGAAAUCAUGGUUUGGAGGUUUCUAAAUUGUUAAAAAAAAUUAUAGAAAUUUUUUAUUUAAUAUUUACGGUACCUGAAUAUUUAUUUAUAGAAAUAUUUAUUUAAUAUUUUACGGUACACACACAUUUAGUGUUCAUUUUACACCACUAAAACUAUUAUUACAUAGUUUGAUGAAAACCCACUCCAUCCGGAUGAGAUCAUGACAUUUGUAUAUAAAAAAUAAAGUUUUAGUAUUGAAAUACAAUAAAUUAAAAACAUAUCUUAUAUAAUUAUUAUCAUAAACAUAUGUAUAACAUGAAACCGGUGAUUAAAAUACUAACAGGAAAUGAAAUGCAAACUAUUCUAAAAGGGUUAGGACCCUUGUUCAAGGAAGGAAUCCAAUAUGUAUCUUAUAUUCUUCUGUAAGCAAUCCCCACUAUAACUUUAUGAUAAUUUAUUUUAUAAAACAAAUUUAACUUACAAAAAAAUUGAAAAUUAACCGGAUCUCAGCAAACAAGAUUACAAGAAGAUUUGCCGUAAUUAGCUUUAACCAAAAGGAGAAUAUUGCCUCUAAAAAGAAUAAACGAAAAUAAAUUAGAAUAAAACGCAUAGAAAACAUUUUACACGUGCGUAUUCCGUGAGAGAGAAAAAGAGAUGUGAAGCUGUGUUCUGUCCAAAACUCGCCGUUAUGUUUCCAGCUUCUGUGUCGGAUUUUCAUGAUUCUUCUUUCUCAUCGACCGCGACACAUACACACCACGUGAUACACGCACACAUUCAUGUAUAUAUAAAUCAGUCAACUAGCUCAAACACCAUCAGCAUCAUCAUCAAAAACUUCAGAAGCCUUUACUCACAAAUUAAGUUAUGGAGAUGCAAAGCAACUGCGAUUUGGAACUUCGCCUUCUUCCUCCUUAUGAUUCAAGAAGCUCAGUAACUCCACAACCAAAGAAAGAAUCACAGAUAUUAACCAUUUUCUACAACGGGCACAUAUGUGUUUCUUCAGAUCUUACCCAUCUCCAGGCAAAAGCUAUACUAUCACUCGCGAGUAAAGAUAUGGAAGAGAGAUCAUUAUCAUUGAAAAGUUCAAACCGCUCUGAGCCUUCGAUAAUUCCAUACAAUUUGAACCAUAAUCAAAAGGUCUCCAUGAAGAGAUCUCUUCGUAGUUUUCUUCAGAAACGGAAUGUUCGGAUCCAAGCUUCAUGUCCAUACCACCGUUCUCGAUAACUUUGUUUAUUUGAUUUCUGUUCUCAUUUUAGACAUUAAGUUAGCACAGUUUUUUGGUUUAUAUGGAUUGUCUUUCUUGUGUUCUUGACGGAUUAUAAAGACCCUUGGUUAGUUUAAGAGUUUUGAAGUUUCAGUUUUCCAUAACUUAAUUGUGUACUAUGUAGAGAAUUAUUAUGUAAAAUUUAAACCACAUAAAACUAGGAAACAUCGAAAUGUUUUGAAUAUAUUGAAAGUUCAUGACUCAUUUAAAACCAAGGAAAUAUAGUAUAACGACCAAUAAGUUAAGAAAAUUUACGAACUAAACUUGAAAAAAAUACAAGAUAGCAAAAUAGGAAUGAAACAAAACAUAUUCCCGUAUUUGUAUUUUCUCAAAACUCGUCUAUGACUAAAUAAAAGUAGCAUUUGACUGAUUUCUAGAAUCAAUAUCCACAUUUACAUAGGGAAGUACCAAUAGGUAGCCCAAACCAAAGACUCAACUACGAAGUCCAAAA